AGUGUACACAUGUGUUACCACAAGGCCGCAUCCUGUCACAGUACAUUUACCGAGCAUGCGCACGUGAAACUUCCUUUUCCCAGUGCAGCGGAGUCAAACUUCAGUCUUUGGCUCCGGCCUCCUUCAUAAGGAGACUGAAAAGACUGCAAAAUGGGUUUUGUUAAAGUUGUCAAGAACAAGGCCUACUUUAAGAGGUACCAGGUCAAGUUUAGGAGAAGGAGAGAGGGCAAGACGGACUUCUUUGCUCGGAAGCGCCUUGUUGUCCAAGACAAAAACAAAUACAACACACCCAAGUAUCGGAUGAUUGUCCGUUUCUCCAACAGGGACAUCGUCUGCCAGAUUGCUUAUGCAAAGAUUGAGGGUGACAUGAUUGUGUGCGCUGCAUACUCUCAUGAGCUACCGAAGUAUGGGGUCACCGUAGGUUUGACGAACUACGCAGCAGCCUACUGCACUGGUCUGCUGCUGGCCCGUAGACUUCUGAAUAAAUUUGGCCUGGAUAAGGUGUACGAGGGCCAGGUUGAGGUGACCGGAGAUGAGUUCAAUGUGGAGAGCAUUGAUGGGCAGCCUGGUGCUUUCACCUGCUACCUGGACGCUGGGCUUGCUAGAACCACCACGGGCAACAAGGUGUUCGGGGCCCUGAAGGGAGCUGUGGAUGGAGGCCUGUCCAUCCCACACAGCACUAAGCGCUUCCCUGGAUAUGAUACGGAGAGCAAAGAGUUCAACGCUGAGGUCCAUCGCAAGCACAUCAUGGGCGUCAAUGUGGCCGAGUACAUGAAAUACCUGAUGGAGGACGACGAAGAUGCCUACAAGAAGCAGUUCUCUCGCUUCAUCAAGAACGGAGUCACCCAUGAUAUGAUGGAAGACAUGUACAAAAAGGCUCAUGCCAGCAUCCGCGAGAACCCUGUGCAUGAAAAGAAGCCCCCCAAAGAGUUCGUCAAGAAGAGGUGGAAUCGUGCCAAGCUCUCCCUGGCCCAGAGAAAAGACCGCGUCGCCCAGAAGAAGGCCAGCUUCCUCCGCGCUCAGGAACAGGAGGAUGCAGACUGAGGAGUUUGCUUUCAGGACACACGCUGAAAGUUGUUCUAAUAAAUAUCAGAGAAGAGUC